GUUAAAUUUUUUAUUAUUUUUAUUUCAAUUUCCAUGAUUAAUCACUGAUUAUAAAUGUUAAUCCCUUCGGAAUCUAUCUGUUAGAGCAAUAUACCAUCUGGGUUCCGCUCAAAACCAUAAAAGCAUAGUUGAUAAUCUUAAAGUUAAUUCCUUUCUUCUCAGAAUUAGCGCCAAAGAAGAAAGAAAUAAUGACCGUAGAGAAAACAAACGGUGACCAGUUCCCGGCUGGCAUGAGAGUUUUGGCUGUUGACGAUGAUCCAACUUGUUUGUUGGUUUUGGAGACUCUGCUUCGUCGUUGCCAAUACCAUGUUACCACAACAAGUCAGGCAGUCACCGCUCUGAAGAUGUUAAGGGACAAUAGGAACAAGUUUGACUUGGUUAUCAGCGAUGUGCAUAUGCCAGACAUGGAUGGUUUCAAGUUACUUGAACUUGUGGGGCUUGAGAUGGACUUACCUGUUAUUAUGUUGUCGGGAAAUGGUGACCCGAAGCUUGUAAUGAAGGGAAUUACUCAUGGAGCUUGCGAUUAUUUGCUGAAACCUGUUCGGAUUGAGGAGUUAAAGAACAUAUGGCAACAUGUAAUCAGGAGGAAGAAAAUUGAUACAAAGGACUGUAAUCAUUCUGACGAUCAAGACAAGCCCCAUCAUGGUGGUGGUGAAGCUGCAGGAACUAGGAACUCUGAUCAGAAUGGGAAGCUCAAUAAAAGAAGGAAAGACCAAAAUGAAGAUGAAGAUGAGGAGCGUGAUGAGAAUGAAAAUGAAAAUGAGGACCAAUCAACCCAAAAGAAGCCUCGGGUUGUUUGGUCAGUGGAUCUGCAUCGCAAGUUUGUUGCAGCUGUUAAUCAGCUGGGCAUUGACAAGGCUGUACCAAAAAAGAUACUAGAUUUGAUGAAUGUUGAAAAGCUGACCAGAGAAAAUGUGGCAAGCCAUCUCCAGAAAUAUAGGCUUUACCUUAAAAGGAUCAGCUGUGUCGCUAACCAACAAGCUAAUAUGGUAGCAGCCUUCGGCAAUACAGAUGCUUCAUAUUUGCGAAUGGGUUCUGUUAACGGACUGGGGAAUUUCCAUUCCUUAGCUGUGUCUGGGCAGUUGCAGAAUAGUACUUUUAGAUCUUUUCCACCUGGUGGGAUGCUUGGUAGAUUGAACACUCCUGCUGGGCUGGGUAUGUGUGGCCUCCCUUCAGGAAUUAUUAUUGAUCAGACAAAAUUCCAUCCAAGCAUUCUUCCUGGAAGCCACAGUGCUAAUAUACUUCAAGGGAUGCCAAAGUCCCAGGAACUUGACCAGUUACAACCAAACAAAAGUAUCAGUGCUAAUGAUAAUACAACAGUUUUCCCUGUUAACAGUGGUUUACCAGAUGCAAGAUUAACCUUUGGUCAAUCAAAUAAUCCUCAUCUUAGUGUUACAAACAAGCCCUUGAUGUUAGAAGGACCUCCUCAAGAGUCCCAAGGUAACAGAGUAUUUGGAAAUCAGUCUUCUGUUACAUUGAUGGCCUUAAAUUCAGGAUCUUCUUCCCAUAUGCUAGAUCAUGGUAGAUGCAAUGAUAAUUUGUCAACUGCUGUUCAGUCAUCUGGGAUCCAGGCAAAUUAUUAUUCAUUAGGUGACUGUUUUAAACAGUCUACUAUGCAUCCAUGUAACGUGAGAGACAAUCUUUCUACAAUGGCCUCACAAAUUGGAAAUAAUCCAUAUGAUGUUUCUUCUAUGCCUCCACUGCAUAGCCAACUACAGGAUUCAAAAACAGAUUUACCAUUUCAAGGAGUACCUAUUAGCAAAAAUGCAGGGCAAAUGAUUAGCAAUGUCCCACAACAAUGGGAAAACUAUAAGCAUGAUGCUUCACACCGCUUAAAUAUUGGAUACAACUCAUUAAACUCUGCAAUCCCCAUGAAUGAUGAUGUAGGUACUUUCGGCCAAAGCUUGGACCCAAGUAACAGUCUUUUUCACCAAAGCACAGAAUUUGAUUCAAUUGGACAAUCAAAUUUUGUUGAUCCCUUCCCCAUGAAGAUUGAUGAGGUUCAAAGGUCUGGUAUCCAAACAUCAUUAAAUCCAAAGGAAGAGUAUCUCAUGGUCCAACAGAAGACACAGAGCCGUUACAUUUCAAAUAAUGUUGACUCAUUGGAAGAUUUAGUGAGUUCAAUGGUGAAACAGAUUGUUGAGGAAAUGGUGGGAGAAAGCAUUGGCAGUUUGUGGAAGAAGACCAAUCCUCACAUCAAGGCCCUUGACAUCAGUUGGAUUCUGCAUGAAAUAAGCCACCUGUGGGAUAGGAGAAAUGAGUGGAGAAGCAUAUGCUGCUUCAUCUCCAUAGACAAAAUCAACCUUGUGAAAAGGCAUCCUUGUCCAGUCAGAAACAAGAGUGAGCUCCUUGAGGGGAGGGAGAGUAGCCUGAGGUCCUUCUGCAAGUGCCUGAUUGUAUGCAUUCACAUAGUCAUUGUUAAUGGAGUUCUUGGCUUCUUUUAUCUUCUCAACAAUGGCCUCAUAGCUCCCUUUUUCCAGUUCUCCGGCUGUCAGUGCUACCGAGGCUAACACAAAAGCAUUUCCACUGAAACCUUGUGGCAGUGGUGGCACCAUCUUGUUCCUAGUGUCCACAGCAAAUUGCAGGCAAACCAUCGCUUCCUUCUUCACCCCCAUGGCCUUAGUCCUUGCCUGCAAUCGUCAGUCACGGCUAUUGUUUACAAACAUAACAUGUGAUCUUAUUACAACCCAAAAAAUUAUAACUUGAAUUGGGGUCAGAGAGGCUAUCAUGGUGUAGAAGAAACAGCCCUACGUGGAUACUUGGAAGUGUUGAAACCUAGAUUGUCCAUAUCUUGUUAACAUCAAAACAAGUAGGGUGGUUUUGAGCCAAGUUCGGCUCAUUGACAUCAGGAACUCAACAAAUUUUGAAGAACAUAAAUUUGAGCUUGAUAUGAUGUAUGAUACUCGAAUUUGGAAAACUCAGAGUAAAAUAAUAUUAUUUUGUAUUAAAUUAUAUUUA